CCCCACCCCACACCCCAAUUCCACCAGGCGUGACAUGGACGAGUUGCUGAAUAAAGUGCGGGGUCCGGAGCUGGUGGCUCAGUUUCAGCGGCUGUGCGGCCUCAGUCUGCUCCCCCCACAAGCUGAGGGACAGUCACAGCCAGUUUCCACAGCCCGAUGCAGGGACCAGGUCAACACCGAAAACAACCGCACCGCCUCGGCAGCUCCGGUUCCUCGGAAGAAAUACAAGGUUGAGAAUUACUUCCUGUACUACCUCUUCCUGUUUGCUGCCACCUUGGGCCAGGAAGUUUUUUACAUCACCUUCCUUCCCUUUUGCUACUGGAAUAUUGACCCUUACGUGGCUCGGAGAGUGAUCAAUAUCUGGGCAAUUGUUAUGUACAUUGGCCAGGCUUCCAAGGAUGUCUUAAAGUGGCCCAGGCCUCCAUCCCCUCCGGUGGUCAAGCUCGAAGUGCGGGUGGAUGCAGAGUAUGGGAUGCCCUCCACCCACGCCAUGGCUGCCACUGCAAUCCCCUUCACCUUCCUCCUGACCACUAUGAACAGGUACAAGUAUCCCUGUGAGCUGGGUCUGCUGUUAGCUUUGGCUAUCUGUACCUUGGUCUCCCUAAGCCGUAUUUACACAGGAAUGCAUACAGUUCUGGAUGUGUUAUGUGGAGUUGCACUCACUGCUCUGCUGGUAGCCGUAUCCUACCCUUUCUGGGAUGCUGUUGAGACCUUUCAGAUGAAGAACAGCUUUGCCCCUCUGUUAGCAUUGUCCCUGUCCUUCCUGGUGUCUAUCUAUUACCCUGAGCUGGACCACUGGAGCACAGCAAGGGGCGACACCACCAAUAUCGUCAGUGCUGGUGGUGGGGCUGCUGUGGCCACCUGGAUCAAUCAUCAGUGGAGCCUCAUCCCAGAACCCGUCUCAGCCCCGCCCUAUCAGAUUCCCUCGCUGUCGACAGGAUUACUCUGCAGGAUGGGCACCAGGUUCACCAUCGGAAUCGUGAUUGUCUUUAUCGCUCGGCAGGUUAUAAAGUCUGUAGCUUUGACUCUCGUCUGCAGAUUGGCCGGAGUCUCCACUAGAGACCAGGAGGCUCGAAAACUCCUGAGGGUGGAGGUCCCCUACAAGUACAUUACAUACAGUUGCCUUGGAGUGGUUGGACUUGCAGUGUGCCCAGCAGUGCAUAGAGUUUACAGAAACAUGCUGCACCAAGCCCAGUAUGGCUGCCUUCUGUUGCAGGGACCUACACUCACAGUCGGCAUCCACAGCGAGAGGCUGAGGGAAGAAGCCUGGCUGAAUGAUUGGGAUUUCAGGCUGCGACGUUUAAACAAGCUUCCCUAAUGUACCUCCCAGAGUUAAAGUGCACUAUUACCACCUGCUGUCAUUUGAUGUAAACGUACCAAUCAGACGACAAGGAUUGGUAGACAAUUUUGUGGGUUCUUUAUUUGAAGAUAAGAUAUACAAAUGAUGUUAACUAAGAGGCUAGGUAUACGUGUCUGACUCCUACCAUUUGCUGCUGCAGUCUGUAUACAAGUCAUGGGAAUAAUACAUCACAUUCUGUUGA